AGAGAACCCAACUAUUAAUAAUUGCCCGUCCGACCAGGUUAUACAACUAGCAAGUAGUGAACAAAGUAGAACGAUUACACUUCCUGACUCAACUGUGUGGGACGCAAUUGAUAGUGAUCCAGAAAAAAUAGUCCUGUACGAUUCGGAUGAGUUUUUUCCUGGAAAGACUAGCAUUACUCACAUCUACACGGAUUUUUCCUGUAACAGAAAUAUAUGCGAGUUUACAGUCACAUUAGAAUAUCCUACGGAUCCUGAUCCUGGAGCCGAAUUAGCAAUGGCAUGUCCUAACAACCAAAUCUUAAGAACAGACAGUGGUCUUAACGGUGCAACCGUAACAUGGACUACCCCGGUUGUCAACAUGGGAGGCAGUGAUCUACCUAUUACAAGUUCUCAUCAACCAGGCGAUUUUUUUCUGAUUGGAAUAACAAACGUAGAAAUUACUACAACAUACAGUGGUGUUGUCGGAUAUUGUAUGUUCACUAUAUUAGUUGAAGACAGGGAAAAUCCUGUAUGGGUUCACAGUUGUAAUACUGAAUACUUCGCCCUACCGAUAGGUGCAGCGACAAUGAUUUACCCAACAGUAAUCGCCACAGAUAAUUCCGGUGUGCUUGAAGUUGUUUGCUUUUCACAGGUUUGUACAGGUUCCGAACUUGAACCAGGAAGUUAUUAUGUUGGGUAUUACGCAACCGACGAGGGAACAUGUACAUACAGACAAAAGUGUGAAUUCUACGUUACAAUCGGAGACGAAGAACCUCCAGCUAUAACAUGCCCGGAUGCGAUUACUGGUGUUGCAGAUCCGAACCAGUCGUAUGCAGCUAUGACUUUAGAUAAUGCCGAGGCCACGGAUAACAUAGGCGUGACUCACCUGAGUUGCAACCAAUUCGGUUCGUCCCAUCUGAAUAUCGGACUGACAACAAUAACAUGUACAGCAAGAGACGCUGCAAAUAACCAAGCUCAGUGUACAUAUGACGUCACAGUUACUGAUACACAACCACCUACUAUCAAUUUUUGUCCUGCCACCGUGGAAGUCACUGUCUCACCUUCAGCUUCUUCCGCUGCCGCUUCCUGGUCAAACCCAACUUUUGUAGAUAACUCCGGAGUUUCACCCUCCGUGACAAGUUCGCACAAUAGUGGCGACACAUUCCCUUUAGGUGAUACGACCGUGACGUUCACCGCCGUGGAUGAUGCUGCCCUCACAGUCGAAUGUACAUUUAUCGUAAGACUAGAAGAUAAUACACCACCUGCGUUUACAAACUGUCCAUCAAAUAUCAUCGUUAACACCAGUCCUGGUGAGGCAGCUGGUUCUGCAUCAUGGGAUGUGUUGGAGGCUACGGAUAACAGUCUGGUUGCGCCAGUUAUAAACGACGCGUCGCAUAUUGGCGGAAAUUAUCCGAUCGGGGACCACAAUAUAGUGUUCACAGCAACUGACUUCUCAGGAAACUCGGACACUUGCGAAUUUACCGUCACAGUCAUAGAUAAUGAAUCUCCUGUGUUUACUAACUGUCCUGAAGACCAAUCGGUGCCAACGGAUGCAUUUCUACCUACGACCACCGUAACUUGGACCGAGCUUAUCGCAACGGAUAACUCGGGUUUAAAUCCCAACAUACACCAGACGCACCACCCCAACGACGUGUUUAGACUGGGAUCAGAAUAUGUUGUAUACACGGCCUCAGAUUUCAGCGCAAAUAAUGAACAGUGUAUCUUUUCCGUAACAGUUUUUGAUUCUGAAGCUCCUAUAUUCCAUAAUGGACCAAGUAACGUAGUCGUCAACACGCAGCCAGGUCUACCUUCAGCCCCCGUCACGUGGCCGCUGGCAGAUAUUGCACAAGACAACUCACAAGAGUAUCCUACCGUCAAUUGCACCUACAUCUCAGGACAUAACUUCAGAUUUGGAAACUAUUCUGUAGAUUGUACUGCUACAGAUGCUGCGGGGAAUUACGCUGUUCACACAUUUCAUGUGGCAAUAAUAGACGAAGAAAUUCCCUCAUUUCUCAGUCAACCUGAAGACAUUCUAGUUGAAACGGAUCCCUGGCAACCGUAUGCACAUAUAGAUUGGGCUCUCCCAAGCGUGUUCGAUAACUCCAUGGAAGAAGUGUUCAUCAAUUCUACUCAUCAUCCUAACACGACAUUUCCUAUCGGAGUAACCACAGUUACCUAUUGGGCAUUCGACUUAUUCAAGAACGUCAAUACAUUUUCAUUCAAUAUAACUGUAAUAGAUAUGGAAUAUCCGGUAUUCUACAACCUAACUCAAAAUAUAAGUGUUCUGACCGAAGAGCGUGUACAUUAUGCGCAUGUCAGCUGGGAUGUUGUUGAUGUAUGGGACAAUUCUGGUGAACCGCUAAAUAUUACGUCCGACUAUCAUCCCGGCGAUAUAUUCUAUGUGGGCGAAACAUGGGUGACAUAUACAGCUAUUGACAAAUCGGGAAAUAUCGAUAUGUAUUCUUUUAGUAUUCUUGUCAUAGACAAAGAACUCCCAGAGGUUAUAUACUGCCCUCCCGAUAUAACCAUUGAGACAUGGUACCGGUCUCCUUAUGUUAACGUAACAUGGACGUCACCAAAUAUCACAGACAAUGUUGGUGUUUUAGAAAUCGUAUCGAACUACCAUUCAGGAUAUGUGUUCCACCUCGGAGUAACAACAGUUGUUUACAAUGCAACAGACACAGCUUUGAACUUUAACCAUUGCCAUUUUAAUAUAACUGUUAUAGAUGUUGAGAAGCCCUACUUUGAAAAUUGUUCCUUGGACAUUGCGGUACCAAACAUUCCCGGAUCAGCAUAUUCUAAUGUAACUUGGACAAUACCGACAGCCUACGAUAACUCUCAAAUCCCUCCUCAUGUUACCUCGGACGCUGAUUCCGGUGAUGUCUUUCCACUGUACGAUACUAUUGUAACAUAUACAGCAGUCGAUGAAAGUAACAAUGUCGAGUUGUGCCGUUUCAAAGUCACUGUAAAAGAUGUUGAUUUACCGUAUUUUACCAAUUUCACCGAUGAUGUUCAAGUAUUCCUCGACUCAAUUCAUUCAAACGUAACAGUUGAUUGGGACCCACCAUAUCCGGCCGACAAUUCGGGAGUAUUACCCCUCCUUGAAUCAACUCAUCAACCUGGGGAUACGUUCCAAGUCGGCGUUACUAUGGUAACGUAUACAGCUACUGACGAAACAGGAAACACGAUGAUACACACAUUUACAGUCAAGAUACGAGUUGCCUUUACAGAUCUAAAGACAAUUUUAUUCAACGGAACAGAUGAUGUGGACAUUUUACAAGUAUCAGCCAUUGCUGUAGACAGAGGAAAAGGCCGCGAUCUUACUGACAACGAAAUCGACGAUUUAGAAGUAAUGUUGCUAUCAAUGUCAUCAGCGUCGGAGGAUGUAGGGAAUAGGGAGCCAAAGGUUAUGACAGAGGAAAUAAUUAACGUGACAACUACAGUUAUCGACCGCAAAAAGAACAUGGUUCAUCAGAUUGAUCUAGUUUUAGCAUCCGAGAUUCUUUUAAAGGAAAUCGUGACAAGACAGACAAACACAACCUUGAAAAAAUCAUCUAAAACAGUGGCAUCUAACAUCGAACCAGUGGAGAAUGCAAUUUGGUCUUUCCAUUUUCAGGCCAAAGAAAAGAAGUUGGACUCAUCGAGGGACAAUUCCAAAAAAGCUAAAAAUAAUGCCAAAGGAUUUGUGAGAGUAGAUCCAAGCUCGGCAAAAAAUGUCCCAGAAAGUGCAGCGAUUAUCGUAACAUAUUAUGACAAAGUACUCUUUGAAGAAAGUGAAGGAGAUGAGAAAUCGGAUGUAACUUUCCAACCAGAAGCCGAAAAAGUCUUGGCAGUACCAUAUGAACUAGCAAGUGGCCGUGGG